AAAUUUUUGAAGGAUAAAUCAAACCCAAUGCAACCCGAUCAUAGAUGAUAAAAACAUCUGUCAACACCUGUCUUUCUUUCGUGUUCUCUUGACUUAAGACCACGCCCGUGGUGUGCCGAAAUCUGACUCCCUGGCAGAGUUUGACUCACAGCAGCAUGGCAAGGAUGUCAUCGUAACAACAGAGAAAAAAAAAUAAUAAUAAUUUUAAUAUCCAUCGUACUCUAUCCACUGUAUAUCCACUGUAACGUUACAUUUACUCCAAUUCUAAGUAAUUUACGCAUUGGAUCUUCUCAUCGUUGUUAUGUAGAUAAUAUCUUUGUUUCAGUUCACAGUGGUAAAAAUAUAAAAAUCCGGUUCAUCGACUCUAAUGACAUUGUACGAGAUAUUCCCGAACGCCUCUGAAUGGCUAUGUGGGAAGCGUGACAGGAAGCGCGUUGGAACCGAAACCAAGAAGUAAACUGCUUUACCAUUCGGAGAAACAGAACUUCCAUUUCACACGCGGAAAUCGAUCAUGGAGGUCCCGAAGGUUUUUGUCCUGUUGACUUGGAUCCUGGCUGUAUUGGAGGCCAGUGACUAUACAGGCAACCACAGUUUGGUGAUCUUUGUGACCUUCGCCCCUGGGCACAGAUUCUUGCCAGAGUACACCUCUUAUGGCAUGCUUGAUGACCUGAAGGUUUUCCACUACCAGAGCAACUCAAUGGCAUUAUCUAGUCCACUGAAGCAUCACGGCUCCCUCUCCUCUGUCUGGAAGGCCCUUGAGGACUGCACCAUUUUCAAAACUGGUUUCUUCAAACGUUUCGUGAGAGAUGCGAACACAACGUUAGGCGUGAAUGUUCCGAUCCUGCAGUUGAUCUACGGUUGCAAACUAGAUGAAGCAGGAAACCAGCGGGGACUGUACCAUUUCUCUGUCGGGGGGGAACACAGUCUCACGUUGGACCAGGAGAGUGUCAGCUGGAACACCUACCACCCACAAGCCAUGGGGUACAAGGACAUUCUGGAUGGCUUCAAGAUCUGGAACCGCAACAAUCUGAUGUAUAUAAAGCAAGACUGCGUCCCAAGAUUGAAGAAAUUUUACGAGCACAGCAAAGCCAUUAUCAACAGAAAAGAACGCCCUGAGGUUGCCAUCAGGUCCAGAAGUGGAUCGGGGCUGGUCCUCGUCUGCUUGGUGACUGGGUUCUACCCGAGGGAGAUCUCGGUGAACUGGGAACGGGACGGGGAGACCGUCUCAGACAACAUGUUGUCCACUGACGUCCUGCCCAACCAUGACUUCACCUACCAAGUGCAAAAGUCCGUGGACGUCCCCGCUGAUGACCAACGCAAGUACACAUGCCGCGUGGACCACAGCAGCCUCCCGGAGCCCCUGCGUGUCCAAUGGGAACCUUCUAGUGCUGGACUGUCUUCCAAGCACAUUGGCUUAAUUGUUUUACCCUGUGUGUUCGUGGUUCUGCUAAUAAUAUCUGUGCUCAUCUGGAGAAGACGAAGACAAGCGUAGAAGAACAUCGAGUGGUGUACCACAUGGAAAGCUAAAUGGAGAGAUUGUGUGAUGGACAGAUUCUUUUCUGAGUCGUGGUUGCCGUUGGCCUCUCAACAAGAUACAGUAGCAGGGUUGCGGGUAUGCCGUUAGUUCACAGAGUAGCAUCAGUCACAUGACCAGGUUAUUUCUAGUCAUUCUGCUUGGUGCUGGGGUACAUUUCUCACCUCUAUCUGAGUCUUUCAGAUGUUUGUUUAGCUUUCUAAUACUGUAGCCUUUGUGUGUAAACAGCACCUUCAGUCGUUUUAGCGAGAAUACUGUUGUUUUCAUUCAUAAACACAAACAUGCUCCAAGCGCAAACAAUGCUUAUAAUAUGAUAAGCCGAUUAUUAAGCUUACAUAAGCAUGCACAACCACUUACAUGUUUGUGUUGUGUAUAGCAGUGCUUACUGAGGACAGGAGCAAGCCAAAUUAAGGGUGAAUAUUGUUUAUGAAUGCUGUGUUAGUGACAGGUCGAAAUGUUUACACAAUCCUGGGUUUAUACCAUGUUAGAAUAGACUGUAUUUGAUGCCAAGCCAUUUUAAUCAUAUGCUUGGCAUCAAAUGUUUUGUCUUGGUUUCAGACUGUCAUGAGUUAUAAUUUUGUUAUAAGUUAUAACUAAAUGUGCUGAAUGCAUCUUAGACCGUACUGUAACAUUCUGUUCCUGGACAUGCCGUUAUGAUGUAUCUACUGUACAUUUAGUCCGUGUCAGACUGUCAUGAAAGUGGAGAAUUUAGGGAAAUAGCUGUGCUGUAUGCUAGUUCUACACCUUCAGCAUUCAGCAUUAGCCAUGUUUCCACUGAUCCAUCUUAGCUGCAUGCCUGCUGUACGCAUCACCUCUGUGUGGCCAUUUGACAUUUAACUGACACCAGAUUUAUCAUGAGCCAAUAGCAUACGAUCAUGUAUAUGCUACCCAGCUGGGGCUAAGAAUUGAAGGAGUCUUUCUGGUUAUGAUAUUUUAUACUAGACGUUGUCACUCAAAUUCCAAGGGACCCUGAGCCAACCUACAGUAUGUUUGUGGUUGGCUGACACACAGUGCUACUGAUUCACAUGCACACAGCAGACAAACAGCCAUAUUGGGUUAGUAGAAAUGUGUCUUAAAUAACUAACUUAUUUUUUAUAUCUUGAAAUAAAUAUAUUUUAUUUACAACUGUGAUGUAGAAUGUUUUGCAAGUUACAUUAGUAACAUUGUACAAUAAAGCAAUUAAAGUGUGCAAAAAAGAA